AUGCUUCCUCGCCGAUUGCCCCUCUCCUCUCCUCAAGCCACCUUUCUCCUUCGUGCCUUCACCAGCUCUGCACUAUGCAGGGAGCCUCCUCGAUCCCCUGGAUUGGGCGACAUCACUCCUGAUGGAGCUGAUGCGUUCAAUACUAAGCAGAAGGAAUUUCGAGAUGGACUUGAAGCGGCUAAGAAGAGAAAGGAACAAGCUGAUAGUCAGUUACUUGCUGCCUCUGCGUCUUCUUCAUCCCCCAGUGCUUCUGGUGUGUUUCGAUCUCUGGGCUUGGGCUCACUUUCUACUGCUCCCAUUACAGAAGAAGCAAGACAAGCCGAAACAGACACCUCUGCGAGGCGAUCGGGCAAACUCUCUAGCUUCAUUUAUGGGACACCCGAAGGUCAACAGCUUGACAAAGAGAUGGAAAGGUCGUUUUCGCAGGUAUUAGCUAGAGGCAAAUAUGUGCAUUCGAUCGUUUUCCAUGAUGUCAAACCCGAUAAGGUAGAUGAGUAUGUCCAGCUUGUUGGCAAUUGGUAUCCCAAGAUGGCCAACAUUCCGGAAAACAAAGUCCAUCUGGUCGGUAGCUGGAGAACGGAAGUUGGAGAUUGUGACACUUUUGUACACAUCUGGGAAUACCAACGAUACACUGGCUACCACGCCUCUUUGCAUAGCAUCUCGCACCAUCCUGGAUUUCCGGAAUUUGACCGGAAACUAAAGACGCUCAUCAACUCUAAAAAGGUAUCGCUUAUGCAAGAAUUUUCAUUUUGGCCAACCACUCCACCGCGAAAACUCGGCGGACUCUUCGAGCUACGAUCAUACACCCUUCAUCCUGGAAACUUAUUGGAAUGGGAGACUCAUUGGAGAAAAGGACUCAAAAUACGACGAGAAGUAAUGGAAGGUGUUGGAGCUUGGUUUGUACAAAUCGGAGAUCUCAAUACCGUGCAUCAUCUGUGGCAAUUUGCCGAUUUGGAGGAACGAAAGUUGAGACGGGAACAAUCUUGGGGGGUUGAGGGUUGGGGUGAUACUGUUCACAAAACGGUGCCACUCAUUCAGACGAUGAAGAGCAAGAUCCUCAUCCCUAUGCCGUGGAGUCCAGUUGGCUAA